GACAACCGUAAGCUGGCCACUGGCCACUGGCCACCGAGGGGUGGGGGUGGUGUGCCCUGACACUGGAACGCGGCUUCCCCCACGCCGCUGCGCGUUGGCGGCAAGUAGGCAAAGCGACCCAAGGCCAAGCCGUUCGUGCACAUGCAGCUGCUGCUCCAGCUCUGCACCUACACCCACCACCUCCGCAGUCUGCUUGCUCUAUAUAGCUCCUCUCACCACUGCAUCCCGAUCCCUGCUUCCUUCCAGUCUUCCACUUCGCAUCCUUGCUCCGUCCACCCCAUCGAGCCGGCAUUUCGAUUCUGAAAGCUUGUUGAGCGCCACGCCUCCGGAAGAAUCAGCAAUGAAGCAAAAGAUCGUGAUCAAGGUGGAGAUGCCGUGCGACCGGUGCCGCUCCAAGGCGCUGGCCCUGGUGGCGGCAACGGGCGGGGUCCACUCCGUGGCGAUUGCCGGCGACGCCCGGGACCAGGUCGUCGUCGUCGGCGACGGCGUCGACUCCGUCAGGCUCGCCAGCGCGCUGCGCAGGAAGGUCGGGCCGGCGGAGAUCGUGCAGCUCGCCUCCCAGGCCAAGGACGAGGGCGGCGGCAACAAGGCCCCCGCCGCCUCCGCCCCCGCCCCCGGCGUGCCGGCCCAGUACGCGCCGACCGCGUGGUACUACCAGUACCCGCCGCCGGCGAGCGUCGUGCGCGAACCCCCCGCCGCCGGGUACGCGUAUGGGUACGAGGCGCGGGCCGACGAAAGCUGCUCCGUAAUGUAGGGAGCGCAAGUACGGAUUCCUCGGCUUUCAAGCGGUGCGCGGCGGCGCAUGCGGCGACGGCCGACGGGUAGUACUUCCUUCUUUUCUUUUUCUUUUUAUCGAAAUAGUACUUCCUUUUUUCGAAGAAAUGACUAGAGGGUAGAGUUUUCUUUCUGGAAAAAAAACCCCGAAAAGGUGUAGAGUUUUUUUUUUACAUGAAAGGUGUAGAGUUCUUUGAAUGGAUUGAUCCAUCUGUGAUGCCCAUGAAACUCCUCCUUUUCAUGGGCUUGAUUCUGUUUCUGGGAAGGGACUUGAUGGGCCAAGACCCUCUCUGUACAGUUUUCCUAGAGAAUAAAAUUUUCGCAUUGGAGACAGAUUCAA